CGGGAGCUUCCUGGGAACGCCCCCUUGCCAGCGGAGAGCCAAUGGGAAGUGAGGAGAAGGCGCCGGCGGAGUCUCAACGUUCCACGGCUGGUGACGCGCAGAGGGGGGAAUCCCCUCCUUCGGCCGGGAGUCCGGGUGCGGGGAAGCCGGCAGGAGCGUGGCGGGAUCGCGGAUCGGGCGCCGGGGAACCGCUCCUGCUCUGCUCCUUGGCUGACCGGAAGGGAUGUCCGCACGCCCCAUGGCUCGCCACAGCAAGCUUCAGAAGCAAGUUCUCGGCCUCUACCGCAGCUUCCUGCGGGCCGGCAAGGACAAGCCGGGCUUCCUUCCUCAGAUACGGGCCGAGUUCAGGAAAAAUGCCCAGAUCCCCCGGACAGAUGUCAUGAUUAUAGAGUACCUCGUCCGGCGUGGGCAGAGGCAGCUGGAGCAACUCAGAGGCGCCCACACCAAGCAGAUGGGUGCCUUCGUCAGGACGGAACAGGAGGAACGAUGAGCCGGGAAUUCUACUUUUUGGAAAGGGUUUCCUGCCCGUUUUUAAUGGAAUGGUCCUUUCUCCUAGCUGCUGGUUUUUAGCACAGCUGGAAUUGCAGGUGGGGAAUCUGUGGCCUUGCAGAUGUUGCUCCGUGAGCAUGGCCAGUGGUCAAGGGUGAUGGGAGUUGCUACAAGGUGGACAGGAGCUUAGCAAACCCGGAAUACAGAUCUGCGUGCCCUCUCAGAAAUGACUGAACAGAGCUGCCCACAGUUGCCACUCAAGGGCGCAGUUGAGAAAUACAUAAUCAUUCUGCUCCCAUCACAUUUUUCUCCUCCUUUUUAUAUUUGAACUAAAAACACUUGCUCCCUACAGAUGUAAGAAUGCCCUAAGCAGGGUCUGAUUGACACAGAGACUCUGGGAGUUGCUGUGCUGUGUGGAAGUUCGGCAUUUGUUAUUGGUGAUCGUCAACAUGUUCACAUGGCAGUUGAACCGGUUUAGGUGCCCUGUGUAGGCUCAGUUUUUCCUUGUAACCUUGGUUGUUCUGUCUUGGCGGGAAUUUGAAUAAACUAAAUUGCCAAAUA